AUGCUAGAAGAUGCUUUUGAAUCAAGUAGCGGAGAUUGGGAGACCUCCGUCCCACUUGUGCCACAUCUCGUUUCUGGAAUCCCACCCAGCGGGAUUAUUGAAAAUUCGCCGAGGCGUCAGUUUCGAGCGAUUUUCUUCCGCACCAGCCUGGGCGUGUUGGGGGCUCACUCCAACGUUUGGUUCUCGCGCAUGAGGAAGGACAAGGACGGCAUGGGUGGCGACGGCAACGACGGACACGGGCACACGAGCGGCUUCGCCUGCGUGUGCGGCUCGCCGCUGCUGUCGUCUGGACGAGGGAAACGCUGGACUCGGACGGAGGACCUUUUGGCGGCCAAAUUGCGAAUGUGCGCACACGCGCACACGAGUCCGACAACGCCGUCACUACACCCAACGGACCGCCCGAUCGUCCUCAAGCGCGCGCCUCUGCCCCUCCUUUGCGACCCCUCCUCGUGCACGCCCCCCCGUAACUACGGCAAGGGUUCGCGUCAGUGCCGUGUCUGCGCUCACCAGGCCGGUCUUAUCCGGGGCCUUGACAUGUGCCGUCAGUGCUUCCGUGAGAAGUCCAAGGCCAUGGGCUUCGUCAAGGUUCGUUGACUUUGCGACUCACGCAUGCGCGUCGACACCGAAUCAAUGCUGACCCUAUUCCAGUACAACUAAGCUUCCAGUUUUCAUUUGACUCGUGUUCAAUUGAGGGCUUUGGCGUCUGUAUAUGUGAUGGCAUCAUCAAUCUCCACAUACAUA